GCAGCUCCUCUCUCUCCGGCCUCGCUCACACCCCAGCUCGCCUCCAGCCAUGAGGUUCCUCUACCUCAUCUUCUCCGUCUUCCUGCUGGUCUCCCUGGCCACCCCAGGCUAUGGGCUGAUCCUGAAGUACUGCCCCAAGAUCGGCUACUGCUCCAACACGUGCUCCAAGACACAGAUCUGGGCCACCUCCCACGGGUGCAAGAUGUACUGCUGCCUGCCUGCCAGCUGGAAGUGGAAAUAAGGGCUGAGGAGGAGCCCCUGGGGGAGAGGAGGCACCGCGGUGGCUUUGGGAGCAGCUUCUCCAUGCUCUGACCCACAUGUCAUCCCCUCCUCUCAAUAAAGAGAAAGAGAACAACAAAAACACGU